UAUUCAAUUUGUUUUAAAUUGUAGAUACGGUUUGAUCAUUCAUCAGUAUGAAGAAACCUUUUAUUGCCUUACUUAUCAACACCAUUGCUUGCAUCUAUGAUGUCACGAGUGCGGAACUGCCCGGAAAAUCUUUGUCACAUGUUACAGGCGGGGCAAGGUCUUCUUACUUCCAAAAUAUUUCAAAAUCUGACAGACAACGAACACUUGAUGAACUACUAGCAUACUAUGACCCAAGGAUACCUCCAAACUAUGAGGAAGAUUUUCCAGUCACAGUUCUCGUUCAACUACAUAUAACCAACAUAGACAGUAUAAGUGAAUCAAAUAUGGACUACUCCAUUGGUAUGUUUCUACGACAAACGUGGAACGACAGUCGUCUAGCAUACAAGAAAUUGCCUACACUUAGGUCGUUAGAGCUAGAUUCCCGCCUUAUGGACAAUAUUUGGGUACCAGAUCUCUUCAUUGCCAAUGAAAAACAUGCUGAAUUUCACAUGGUAACAGUUCCAAAUAAAUUGAUGCACAUUUACCCAGAAGGACGGGUGCAGUACAGUCUAAGGAUAUCUGCAACUUUACAAUGUAAUAUGGAUCUUAGUAAAUAUCCACUCGAUUCACAGAUUUGUUACGUGAUGAUGGAAAGCUACGGCUACAGUACAGAAAACCUAGAAUUUCGUUGGAAUCCUAGUCCUGUAUCAAGAGAUCAGAGACUUCAACUUGCUCAAUUUAAACUUGGAGACAUGCGAACUUUUCAAUGUGAUAAGCAAUAUGUUGCAGUAAAUUAUACGUGUAUCACAUUAGAAUUUGAAUUAAAGAGAAGUUUUGGAUAUUACAUAACCCAGAUAUACAUACCUAGUAUACUAAUUGUUUGUUUGUCCUGGGUCUCCUUCUGGUUGGACAUAGACGCAGUGCCUGCACGAAUUUCUCUUGGUUUAUUGACUGUGUUAACAAUGACAACACAAAGUGCCGGUGCAAGAUCGUCUCUUCCGAAAGUCUCUUAUGUUAAAGGUAUCGAUGUGUGGAUGGCAACGUGUUUGUUAUUCGUAUUUGCCGCACUGAUAGAAUUUGCGUAUGUAAAUGUACACUCACGUGUGGAGAAACGUCGGCGGCAGAGCUGUGUAGGAACUCAUACAUUAAACAAUAUCAGCGAAAAAGAGGAAGAGGUUGAUUACGAUGCUAGGCGUCAAUCAAGGUUCAGAAUGUUCAUGCCAAGUAGAGAAAAGGCUCGAACAUGUGACCGUAUAUCAAGAAUAGCUUUUCCAAGUGUUUUCCUUAUAUUUAAUUUUAUAUAUUGGUGCAUAUAUGUAAUAUGGACACCUAAAAAUACAACAUUUUCUUGAAAGGAAAUUAAGUGAUUGCUAUAAUUUCGAUUUCUUUUUAUUCCUUAUGUUAUAGUUUUGUUCAUUUUUAUUAUCUCAGUUUCUCUUUUUAAAGAUUCAGUCAUUCAAUUAUGGAAAUGUUUUAAAAGUAUGCAUAUCACAUAUUCCAUUUACGAUGUUUUCACUGUAAAACAGUAUCAUAUGAAGUAUAAUGUAUUUGCAAUGUUCUGUAUGCUUUGAAGAGAAUACUUCUUUUUUCGAGAAAACAAUGUAUGACAUCGUGACAUUUCUUUAUUUUCAUACUGUUGAUAUUUGUUGAUAGUUAUUCAUAAAAUGGGUCAAACUUUGUUUACCUUCGUACGUGCAUUUUGAGAAAUGUGGAUGUAGAUUUUGCAGAGCAUUGCAGUAAUUUAUCAUUGUUUUGUAUGUUUGUAUGUUCCUUUUCAGGUACGAACGUUUCGUUAUUAGUUUGUUAUUAAUUGUUACGAAAUUUAAAUUAAAUUCAUAUAACAAUAUGUUGUUUUCUGCACAACAACUUUAAAAUGUUACUGUGUCAUGAAAUUAAAUG